ACACGGCCUCACGGCCACCAGGCCUGAAGCCACCGGGCCCGUGGCCCUGCAUGACCCAGACUUCAAUGAGGAGAACUUACCCGGAGCUCGUGGAGCAUGUGGCCCUGAUGGAAUGGAUUCGCAAGCGGCUGGCCAUAUCUUGCAACACCUGCAAGGUGCCCCUGUCGGGUCUGGCCUCCUCCCGCAACUUAGCCCUCGCCUCAGCAUCCGCCAUUAGUCCAACCCCUUUGGAGUCUGAAGACCCACUCCUACGUCUCCGGCGUCUGAAGAGCGAAUGGCGCCUGCGAGCUGCCCAGUGCAUUUAUGUGAUGUCGGUGCAGCUCCCUCCGCAUGCCUCGUGCCACUCCCUCCGCCUGCCGCUCCCUCCGCCUGCUGCUCCCUUCGCAAGCAAGUCAAGGGAUCUGGAAUGUUUGUGACUUGCAUGUGCACCGUUAUUGAAAAUAGUCCCAUUCUCAUCUUCUCUCCUGCAAUCUCAAAAGGGCUCCCUCCGCGCGGGUGCAGGGUCUUCUUUCUCUGCACAAAAAGUUCCGGCACUAGCUGUGUGGUGCCGCACGUGUCAGGGGGUGGUGCUGCACGUGGGACGUGCAGCUGCAACCGUAAAGUUAUUCUCUCAGUGUAUCGAAGAUAUCAGUCAACUAUCUUCUGGAUUGCAUUGAUGCUAUUGAGAAGGCAGCCUGCAGUCUAAAAGUCAUGGUUUUAAAGGCGGAACACACCAGGAGCCCCAGCGCAACCCUCCCCUCCAAUGUGCCUUCAUGCCGGUCCCUGUCAUCCAGCGAAGACGGCCCCAGUGGCCCUUCCAGCCUCGCAGAUGGGGGCCUAGCCCACAACUUACAGGAUAGUGUCAGGCACCGCAUCCUCUACCUCUCAGAGCAGCUGAGAGUGGAGAAGGCCAGUCGGGAUGGCAACACUGUGAGCUACCUCAAGCUGGUAUCCAAAGCAGACCGGCACCAGGUGCCGCACAUCCAGCAGGCCUUUGAGAAGGUGAACCAGCGCGCCUCUGCCACCAUCGCCCAGAUCGAGCACAGGCUCCACCAGUGUCACCAGCAGCUCCAGGAGCUGGAGGAAGGCUGCAGGCCCGAGGGCUUACUGCUGAUGGCAGAAAGCGACCCAGCCAACUGCGAGCCACCCAGCGAGAAGGCCCUGCUUUCAGAGCCCCCCGAGCCAGGUGGGGAAGACGGGCCGGUCAACCUGCCUCAUGCCAGCAGACCCUUCAUCUUGGAGAGUCGCUUCCAGAGCUUACAGCAGGGGACGUGCUUAGAGACAGAGGAUGUGGCCCAGCAACAAAACCUGCUGUUGCAGAAGGUAAAGGCAGAGCUGGAAGAAGCCAAGAGGUUCCACAUCAGCCUCCAGGAGUCCUAUCACAGCCUAAAGGAGAGGUCUCUGACUGACCUGCAGCUGUUGCUGGAGUCCCUUCAGGAGGAGAAGUGUAGGCAAGCAUUGAUGGAAGAACAGGUGAAUGGUCGCCUGCAGGGACAGCUGAAUGAGAUUUACAACCUCAAACACAAUCUGGCCUGCAGCGAAGAGAGAAUGGCCUAUCUAUCCUAUGAGAGAGCCAAGGAAAUAUGGGAGAUCACGGAGACCUUCAAGAGUCGAAUAUCCAAGCUGGAGAUGCUACAGCAAGUCACCCAACUGGAGGCAGUGGAGCACCUCCAAAGCCGUCCCCCGCAGAUGUUGUUCAAGUUCCUGAGUCCGCGCCUCUCACUGGCAACUGUCCUCUUGGUCUUUGUCUCCACCUUGUGUGCCUGCCCCUCGUCACUGAUCAGCUCACGCCUGUGCACCUGCACCAUGCUGAUGCUGAUCGGGCUUGGGGUCCUGGCCUGGCAGAGGUGGCGCGCCAUCCCUGCCACAGACUGGCAGGAAUGGGUCCCCUCCAGGUGUAGACUGUACUCCAAGGACUCUGGGCCUCCAGCAGAUGGACCUUAAGGGGCCAGGAGGGCCACCUGCCUUAGCUUGCUAGCUCCCUCCCUCCUCCUGGGUGCUGAGGGCAUCCAGCAAGCCCCUCCACAGCUCUUGCUUGCCGAUUAUGUAACCACCAGCCUGGUGAAAUGGAUAUAGACGCCCACCUGCCUCACA